UUUAUUUAAUUUAGAAGAAGAUAGAUAUCUCAUAACUAACUUUUAAACCCUCUAUAAAUAUUGUUCCGGUUCUUUCUUUCAUUCUAUCGGAAAUCUUUCCAUCUGGACCAUUCCUAUGCUUCAAAUCCAUGGCAAGUUUUGUUCUUUCCCUGGUAGUUCUCCUCUUUGCCCUGUACACGCCAGGCAUGGCAGGGUCUGCCUCAAGCCCCGCAGACUUCAUCAAAGCCUCAUGCAAGGCCACACAGUAUCCUGAUUUAUGUGUCCAAUGCCUCUCAGGAUAUGCUAGUGCAAUUCAACAAAAUGAGCAACAUCUAGCACUAACUGCCCUGUCAGUGAGUCUAUCCAGGGCUAAAUCAGCUGCUGCUUUUGUGGCCAAGCUUACUAAAGUUAGGGGCAUAAAACCUAGAGAGUAUCAAGCUGUGAGAGACUGCAUAGAAAAUAUGGGUGAUAGUGUUGAUCGACUCAGUCAGUCAAUAAGAGAGCUUGGUCAUAUGGAGCGAGCUGUUGGUCGAGACUUUGUGUGGCAUAUGAGCAACGUGCAGACUUGGGUUAGUGCUGCACUAACUGAUGAGAACACUUGCCUUGAUGGGUUCGCUGGCCAUUUCAUGGAUGGAAAUGUGAAAAUUGCCAUCAAGCAUAGGAUUACUGAUGUUGCUAAAGUCACUAGCAAUGCGCUUGCUUUGGUUAAUCACUUUGCAUCUAGACACCGCCUGUCCGGAUCUGGUAAAAAGCCUUAGAUUAUAUCUAUGUGGGUCGGUGGUUCCUGUGUGAUAGGGAUGCAAUACUAUGAUGUUGGUUCCUGCCUGGCUAGUUUUGUCUUCAAGUAACCAAGCUGGCUAGCUCAUGUAUAACAUGAGCAAUAUUUCUCCUGUUUGUCUUGUAUGAUAAUUGUGCCUCUGUUUCCUGUAAAUAGUACUAAGCAUGAGCAAUAUUUCUCUCUUUGCUGUCAA